AUGCACAAUUACAACGUUGAUCAUAAAUAUAAGUUCCAGACCCGCAUUGGUAAUUGGUUUGAAGAAUGGGAAUUGGAUGAAACAAAGAAGAAGGACUACUUAAAAAAUAGAUCAAAUGGAUAACUGGCAAGCAUAGUGAAAGACACAAAGACAAAUUUCAGUUUAAGAUUAGCAUCUCUAUCAUUUCCUUAAGACAAUUACAUCCAUUUUGGGUUUCAUUUGAUGCUUUAAAAUUUGAAGACUCUUGGGUUUUUGUCAAUAGAUAUCUAAGAGAGAUUGAAAAUAGGAGAAGAGGCAUACAAUAUAACCACUGCAUAAACCACACAACCAACAGUGAGAUCAGUGUUUGUUAUAAUUCCCUACACUAAAGAACCAAAUUACUAUGGAGAUGAUGUAUUACACUACGGAUAGCAUUUCAGAAUUGUGGCCAAUCCUAGAAUAUCUAAUAAUAAAACAUUCUAUCUUCAUUCACUUCCUUAGACACCAACCAGAUGUGCUAAGAUAUCUAGAAAACAGGAGGUUUGUGCAAUUGAGAGUGAUGUAUUCAAUACAGUUUGGAAAUUGGAACAUGCCGAUCCAAAAAUAAGAUUUGAGAUGGAAGGACAACCUGUAAGAUCAGAUGACACUGUGUUAAUUAAACAUUCUUUUACUUAGCAUUGGUUAGCCAGUGAUGAUAUAGUUUACUAAAAUGAUUUUGGAAGAGAAAGAGAGGUCUUUGUGCAUUCUUAUUAAUGCUUAAAUAAAACAUAAAACUUAAUAGCUGAGAAGGAAGGGAGAACCACAAUUGAUAUUCCAUUAAGAAAUCAAGAGCCAUAAAACUUGUGGAAAUUUUAGGUUGCUAGAAAUCAAAGUGAACAAUUUGAUGAAUCUGUGAUGGAUGACAAUAGGAAUGUGAAGAAUUUAAUGAUAAGAGUCAAAUAAUAAAUUACAGGCAAAGGAGCUUAUGGAUUGAGAGGAUUGGCUAAAAUAUUUUUGGAAAUGGAUUAAAAUAAUAAUGGAGUCGUAGAGUACAAUGAUUUCAAGUGGGGAUUGAGGAAUUUUGGAUUGACUCUAUCAGAAGAUGAGACUAAAAUGAUCUUCCAAACAUUUGAUAAAAAUGGUAAUGGCAAAAUUGAAUUCACUGAGUUUUUGGAUGCCUUUAGAUUAUAAAUGAGUGAUAAAAGACUGUAUUAUGUAUAAAGAGCCUAUGCAUCGAUUGAGUAGAAGGCAGGCAAAGUCACAUUAGAGACUAUGGGCCGAUUGAUUAAUGUAAAGGAACACCCAGAUGUCUUGAAAGGAUAUAAAACUGAAAGGCAAGUGUUCUAAGACUUUGUAUCCCAUUGGAAUAAAGCAAAUCCUGAUAGAGUGAUUUCAUUUUAAGAGUUUGGAGAGUUUUAUUAAGAUGUGUCAUCUUCUGUGCAACAGGAUGAAACUUUUGAGGCUAUAUUAAAGAAAUCGUGGAAUUUAUGA